AUGUCAACUCGCUCGCCUUCCCCAUUUUCAGGUCACGCGACAAUGGAGUCCAAACAAUCCAAACCCAAGUCGGUAGCCCAACGAAGAGUGUAUGGUAAACGAAGAGCCAAUGCCCCCAGAGCUGUGUUCGACCAAGCAAGCCCAGUCAAGAAUACCGCAUCCAAGAAGAUCCAAUAUGGCGACCCCGUUGAAACCCUUCAAGGGAAACUAGCGCAAGUCACGAUUGAUGGCGACUCGGCCCCUCAACAACAGACCGAUACACAACCAUCCCAGCUUGAAAACGAACGGCAACAAUCACCGAUAGAAAUCCCCUCCGAUGAAUCGAGUUCAUCCACGGUAGAAGACACUUCAAACACAUCGGCAAGGCAAUCCUCCGUCGAAUCCUUGCCGGAGUGCAACACAAAACCAAAGCAACCUAAACGGAUGGUAGAGGUCCGAAUAUGCGCAAAGCCUACCCCAAAUUUGCCUGUUACCACAUCGGAAGAUCCAGAAAUUAUGUCAAAUGUCCCUCCCAGUGGGUCAGCGUCUCCAAGCGAGGAUCAGGAAAAGUUAAGCACAUCGUCCGACAGACGAAGAGCGCCAAGAAAAAAGGUUCCUGCACCCAGACGAUCAUCAGGGGUUGUUCAUGAUGCCAAAGCCAGUGAUUACGUUCACCCAAUUCUUUGCGAGGCACUAUCCCCAAUUGCUGCACAAGGCAUCCAGAAAUUCGACUCAUGGGCUGCACGGUCAGCAGACAUGUUCGACGUCGCAAAGCUCGCUGAAGGAUCAUAUGGCGAGGUCUAUAAGCUUCAUCUGCGCGAGGAAGCCUGUAGACCAGUGGUGUCAAAAUCCAAAUUGGCUAGGCUGAAAUCAUAUGGCGAUGGGGUCUUCAAGGUCGUGCCUCUACGGGCAAAGAGUGGUCCCGGAUCCAAGAAGUUUACCAGCAUCGAGGAGAUCGUCUCUGAGGUCAAGAUGCUGAAGUAUCUAGACCCGAUUCCCGGAUUUGCCCGCUUCAGAGAGAUCCAUGUUGUCCAAGGUCGAUUCCCCGAGUCGUUCCAGAAUGCAUGGGACCACUAUAAGAAGACCAAGGAUGAUUGCAUGAACCCUAACCCUUCCAACAAAAGAGCAUACACGGAUACGCAGCUCUGGGCAAUUGUAGAAAUGGACGACGCGGGAUGCGAGUUGGAGAAGUUUGCUUGGUCAUCCAUCUUCCAGAUCUAUGACAUUUUCUGGGGAGUGGCCAUGGCUUUGGCCCGAGCUGAGGAAUAUGCAAUGUUUGAACAUCGAGAUCUUCAUUUGGGUAAUGUUUGCAUUCGUUCUACUCGGGAUGAUGGUUGCAUGGAUCCUCCAACGGAGCUUGACAUUGCACGCCAGUCAUCAUCCAGUGGAUUCGGAUUCAGCGCCCUCGAAACCACCAUUAUCGAUUACUCACUCUCACGGGCGGACCUACUUCUGAGCGACGAUCCCACCGGUCUCACCGAAGUGGCAUCAUCGGAUCUAGACAAGAAGCAGUUGUUCGAUGCUAUCGGCCAAGACGAAGAUGAGAUUAUGCAAAGAGACACUUACCGAUAUAUGCGUGCAACGCUCUAUACCGGUAUCCCCACUGCAACAGAGAAGGUCCCGGAUAUCCCUGGCAUCUGGGCGGAAUACUCCCCACGCACCAACUUGGUCUGGUUACUGUUCCUGCUCCAGAGUCUCUUUAAGAACCGCAAACCUGAGCCCUCCGCUGCGCAGCCACAGCGCAGAGCCCUUGCGCCUUGCUCGCCCAACAUGAAGAUGACAAGCUCCGAGACACCUAAGGGGAAAGAGCGAACCAUGAACGGCUCCGUUGUCAGUGAGCGACAGACCAAGGAUAUCCAGGCCGGCAUUUCUCGUCUCCAACAAACACUAGAGAAUAGGCUAAAAGACGUGCUCAAACUUCUCGAUCUUGAGCAUGGACAUGAGGACAUGUGUUGCGCCGCAGAUCUGGUGGCCUACGCCAUGGAUUCGCAAUGGUUGGGCGAAGAAGACUUUUUCUGA